UCGCGCCGCUCUCUCAGCCUCGACUCUACUGCCCGGACCUCACCGUCUGCGAGCGCCUCAGUCUUGAGCGCUCGCACCUCAAACCCUGCGCUGCUGACGGCUCUCGUCUGCUCACAGCAUCAGCGCAGGGAGGUAGACACGACGCGCGAGUGGAGGGCAGAGGCGAAGACUGUGAGAGCAUCGCCGCGGCCUCCGCAUCCGCUCCGAGAAGGCGUGGGCGAGACGCCCGCCGGCGAGACCGCAGCGGGCUCAGAUGCAGCCUCAGCAGAUGCAGCCUGAGCAUGCGCUAUGCAGCGGCAGGCAGCCCUCUCUCGCCCCCGAGCGCAGCGGUUGCAGCAACCUCGCGCCCACGCUUGCUUCUUGCGGACACGACAACGGCAUCUCGGGACGCCUGCGCCAUCCGCAUGCUGCGCUUUGCUCGUGCAUGUUGCAUCGCGGGAGCCGCGACGCCGCGCGCCGCAGCACGCCUCAAGCAUCAGCGAUGACUCGAGCCCUCUCGCUGAGCGGCUGCGCUGAAGUGAGCGUUUUCGGCCGUACGCCGCAGCUGCGCAGCUCUACUUCUCUCGGCACCUGCCCGAGGCCCGCGUCGACCCUCGGGCGACGGCUUGAACCAUUUUGGGCUGUGAAAGGAGCUCAGAGGGGCUGAGGCGUGGGAGCUCCGCACAGCAGCUUGCAGCCCGCGGCCGCACCGCAGGCCAUCUCUCGAGGAGGGAGUGCCGCCCUCGGUGCUCUCU